AUGCAUCAAUUUACUCCAUGCUCUAAAGAGCUCGCUUCUGUUCAUAAUGACAACAUCUCUGUCAAUCAGGACUUACAAUCGCAUUUUGCCUAUCAAACACCACCAUACGAGCUUAACAAGACGCGGUUAUGUAAUAUCGAUUCAAAGAAACGGCGGUGUGAUAGCAAAAACUCAUCUGCUGCAUUAAUGGAUAAUAUUACAUUUUUGUUAUAUGAUUUGACAUCAAGAUUCGAGAAAUCAAAAAUUAAUAAUUCUAUUGACAAGAUUAGAACAUUCAUUACCGAAGUUUUAAAGAGAUCGAAAUCAAACAAACAUGUGGCCGUAUUGGCCUCAUUCUACUUCCAAAAAUUACAUGGUUUAAACUCCAAGGAUAUCCCUGAAUUUGCUAAAUGCCCAAAGAGAAUUUUCUUAGUUUGUUUGAUUUUGGCUCAUAAAUUUUCUAAUGAUGUUACUUUCUCGAACAAAUCUUGGUCAUUAAUCAGUGGCCUAAAGUCUAAGGACUUAUCGGUUAUGGAAAGAUUCUGUUUAAAUCAACUGAAUUACGACUUAUUCAUUAAACCUACUGUCUUAACUGAUUGGGAAAAUGAAUUAACUAAGAGAUCUAUGAAAGCAGUUAAUUCAAAGAGAUCAUACGAUGAAUUCUCCGACAAUUUAUCAAAGUUGCCAAAUAAGAAGGUAUGUCUUAUUCAAACCUGA